AUGUUUCGUACCCUUAACCCAUCCUAUAGGAUAGGCAAAUAUGCAUUAGUUUAUAUUAAUGUACUGUGUAUGCAAAAUAAAAUUACUAUGACUUCGAUAUUCACUGUCGGUAUUAUUGGCUGUGGUCCGAUUGGAAUUGAAUGCGGUUUACAUGCAUUACACAAUGGUUAUAAUAUUCUAUUAUUUGAAGUUGGUGAUGAUUUAGCUUCAAAUAUUUGUUUGUGGUCACAUGUACAAUUAUUUACACCAUUUAGAAUGAACAUAUCUUCUCUUGGACAAACAUACCUUCAAGCAGAAUUAACUAAAGAUGAAUUAAAUAGUUAUUUAACUGGACAAGAAUACAUUGAAAAAUAUCUUCGUCCAUUAGGUUUAAAAUUUAUAAACAAUAUUCUUUUCAAGCAUCGUGUUAUCUCUAUUGGUCGUUAUUCAGAUGAAAAUAAAUUUGUUUUACUUGUUGAAGAUAAGAAUGAGAAUAUGGAGAAAUAUUACUAUGUUGAUUAUUUGAUAGAUGCAAGUGGCACAUAUAAAUGUCCAAAUUCAAUUGGAAUUGGAAAUAUUCCAGCAGUUAAUGAACAAAGAUUAGAAUCUUUUAUUAAAUAUGACAUACCAAAUUUAAACGAUGAUAGAAUUAAAUUAAGUUUGGCUCAUAAACGUAUUCUUCUUGUCGGUAAAGGUCAUAGUGCAGCUAAUUCAGCAUUAUUAUUGGAAGAAGUUUUGCAAAAUGUUGAUUAUAUCAUUGCUAAUGUUGGCUAUCAACCUGAUCGUGCUUUAUAUUCAAAUUUAAAUGUCCAUGAAUGUUAUAAAACAAAAGGACCAAUAAGCUUAGCUGCAAAAUUAUUAGCUAGUUGCAAUGAUACAACAGAUUGUUUGAAGCAAAUUAGUCAUGGAAAAGAGAGUUUAAAAACAACGGAAUCUAAUUUUUUCAUUGUCGGUGUUAAGAGUUAUGGAAAAUUAACAAAUUUCUUAUUGAAAAUAGGUUUUGAACAAGUUGAACAGGUAUUUCAAUUGAUUAACGAAAGCCGAUAG